AAGCGGAGCGCGGUGCCUGCGGGAAGCCGGGGCAGCAGCAGCCUCACCGCACCAUGCGGGCCUCAGGAUUGUGCCAAUGAGGACUUAAGGUGCCUGCCUGCUGACCAACCCAGCCUAUAGUGACCAUGGCCCUCCGCAAGAGGAGUCCCCAUGGCCUGGGCUUCUUCUGCUGCUUUGGAGGCAGUGACCUUCCUGAGAUCGACCUCCGGGACAGCAACCCAUUGCAGUAUCUGGACUUCUCCAGUCCCAUCCCGAACCCAGAGGAGCUCAACGUCCGCUUUGCAGAGCUGGUGGAUGAACUGGACCUCACAGAUAAAAACCGGGAGGCUGUGUUUGCACUGCCACCGGAGAAGAAAUGGCAGAUCUACUGCAACAAGAAGAAGGAGCAGGAGGAUCCCAACAAGCUGGCAACCAGUUGGCCUGAGUACUACAUUGACCGUAUCAAUGCCAUGGCCUCGAUGCAGAACCUGUAUGAAACUGAAGAUGAGGAGACAGACAAGAGGAGCCAGGUGGUAGAAGACCUGAAGACAGCCCUCCGGACACAACCCAUGAGGUUUGUGACCCGGUUCAUCGAACUGGAAGGCCUGACCUGUCUGCUGAAUUUUCUCCGGGGCAUGGACCACACCACUUGUGAGAGUCGCAUCCACACAUCUCUCAUUGGCUGCAUCAAGGCUCUGAUGAACAACUCCCAGGGACGGGCACAUGUCCUGGCACAACCUGAAGCCAUCAGCAUCAUCGCCCAGAGCCUCCGCACUGAGAACAGCAAGACUAAGGUUGCGGUGCUGGAGAUCCUGGGUGCAGUGUGCCUUGUGCCUGGAGGCCACAAGAAGGUUCUACAGGCCAUGCUACACUACCAGGUGUAUGCAGCCGAGCGCACGCGUUUCCAGACUUUGCUGAACGAGCUAGAUAGAAGUUUGGGCCGGUACCGGGAUGAGGUAAACCUGAAAACAGCCAUCAUGUCCUUCAUCAAUGCUGUCCUCAAUGCUGGCGCUGGAGAGGAUAACCUGGAAUUCCGUCUGCAUCUCCGGUAUGAGUUCCUGAUGCUGGGGAUCCAGCCAGUGAUUGAUAAACUUCGGCAACACGAGAAUGCCAUCCUGGACAAGCAUUUAGACUUCUUUGAGAUGGUCCGGAAUGAGGACGACCUGGAGCUAGCCCGGAGGUUUGAUAUGGUCCACAUUGACACCAAGAGUGCCUCCCAGAUGUUCGAGCUAAUCCACAAGAAGCUGAAGCACACAGAAGCUUACCCCUGCCUGCUCUCUGUCUUGCAUCACUGCCUGCAGAUGCCUUACAAGCGGAACGGUGGCUACUUCCAGCAGUGGCAGCUCCUGGACCGCAUCCUUCAGCAGAUCGUCCUCCAGGAUGACCGAGGUGUGGACCCUGACCUGGCACCACUGGACAACUUUAAUGUCAAGAACAUCGUCAACAUGCUCAUCAAUGAGAAUGAGGUGAAGCAGUGGCGGGACCAAGCAGAGAAGUUCCGGAAAGAACACAUGGAGCUCGUGAGCCGGCUGGAGAGGAAAGAGCGGGAAUGUGAGAUAAAGACACUGGAGAAGGAGGAGAUGAUGCGGACACUCAACAAGAUGAAGGACAAGCUGGCCCGAGAGUCCCAGGAGCUGCGCCAAGCUAGGGGACAAGUGGCAGAGCUGGUAGCCCAACUUAAUGAAAGCUCAACCGGCCCGGUGUCUUCACCACCUCCCCCUGGAGGUCCACUCACCUUGUCUUCCUCCACAACAACCAACGAUCUGCCUCCACCCCCACCUCCUCUCCCCCUUGAUAGCUGCCCACCCCCACCCCCACCACCCCUCCCUCCAGGAGGGCCUCCCAUCCCCCCAGGUGCCCCACCCUGCUUCAGCUCAGGCCCACCCCGGCCUCAUGACCCCUUCACCAGCAAUGAAGCCCCACUCAGGAAAAAGCGCAUCCCCCAGCCUUCACACCCAUUGAAGUCUUUCAACUGGGUCAAACUGAAUGAGGAGCGUGUCUCUGGCACCGUGUGGAAUGAGAUUGAUGACUCGCAGGUAUUUCGGAUUCUGGACCUGGAAGAUUUUGAAAAAAUGUUCUCAGCAUAUCAGAGGCACCAGAAAGAACUGGGCUCCACGGAGGACAUCUACCUAGCCUCCCGCAAGGUUAAAGAGCUGUCAGUCAUCGAUGGUCGGAGGGCCCAGAACUGUAUCAUUCUUCUCUCCAAGUUGAAGCUUACUAAUGAUGAGAUACGGCAGGCCAUCUUGAGGAUGGAUGAACAAGAAGACCUUGCAAAGGACAUGUUGGAGCAGCUCCUCAAGUUCAUCCCCGAGAAGAGCGACAUCGACCUCCUGGAAGAGCACAAGCAUGAGAUUGAGCGGAUGGCGCGCGCAGAUCGCUUCCUCUAUGAAAUGAGCAGGAUCGACCAUUACCAGCAGCGACUCCAGGCCCUCUUCUUCAAGAAGAAGUUCCAGGAACGGCUGGCUGAGGCCAAGCCCAAAGUAGAAGCCAUCCUGCUGGCCUCCCGAGAGCUGACCCUCAGCAAGCGCCUCAAGAAAAUGCUGGAGGUGGUCUUAGCCAUCGGCAACUUCAUGAACAAGGGGCAGCGUGGGGGUGCCUACGGGUUCCGGGUAGCCAGCCUCAACAAGAUUGCUGACACCAAGUCCAGCAUUGACAGGAACAUCUCUCUGCUUCAUUAUCUGAUCAUGAUCCUGGAGAAGCACUUUCCGGAUAUCCUGAACAUGCCCUCAGAGCUGCUGCACCUAUCGGAAGCUGCCAAAGUCAACCUGGCAGAGCUGGAGAAGGAGGUGGGCACUCUCAGGAGGGGCCUCAGAGCAGUGGAGGUGGAGUUGGAAUAUCAGAGACACCAGGCACGGGACCCCAACGACAAGUUCGUCCCUGUCAUGAGUGACUUCAUCACAGUGUCUAGCUUCAGUUUCUCAGAGCUGGAGGACCAGCUGAAUGAGGCCAGGGAUAAGUUCGCCAAGGCACUGAUACACUUUGGAGAGCAGGAGAGUAAGAUGCAGCCAGAUGAAUUCUUUGGCAUCUUCGACACCUUCUUGCAGGCCUUCUUGGAGGCCCGGCAGGACCUAGAGGCCAUGAGGAGGAGGAAGGAGGAGGAUGAGCGGAGAGCACGCAUGGAAUCCAUGUUGAAGGAACAGCGAGAGAGAGAAAGAUGGCAGAGGCAGCGGAAGGUCUUGGCGAGCGGCUCCCUGGAGGAGAGCGGCGAGUUCGAUGACUUAGUGUCAGCUUUGCGCUCUGGAGAAGUUUUCGACAAGGACUUAAGCAAGUUCAAACGCAACCGGAAGCGACCUGGGAGCCAGGCCCCAGAGGUCACCCGCGAGCGGGCGAUAAACAGGCUAAAUUAUUGACUUGGGGACUGGGGACUGACCACAUAGCAGCAAGCCUGGAGACAAUGAUUAGGGGAGAGGCGUUGAAUAGAAGAAGCAAUGACUUAAGAGAUUUGGAAAACUGGGUUUGGGAGCCCCUGGGCUGGGUCCUGGGGGCUGUGUGCGGCUAGACCGGUUGUCUCCCGCACUGACGGGGUCUUCUCUUGUCGCCUGUAUUUUACCCGUUCUCGUCCAUGUUCUGUCCAUCUCUCUCUGUGCCCCUCCCCCUCCUGGCCAUCAUUCUCUAAGACUAGCUUGGGCAUCCCUGGCAGGCCCUCCCAGGCUGGGUGACACUGUUUUCCACAUCUCAUGUUGGCACAGAGCUGUUUAAGACCCAGGAGAUAUUCCUGUCUGAACGUUUUGUGGUGGUAGAGUGAAACUCGAGAGCCAGCAGUAGGCUCCUAUCUGAAAAGACAGCUCAAGGGAACAUGGAUCUGGGAUAGGAACCAGCGACUUUAUGUGUUCUAGCUAGACAAGCUCUAGAAUGUUCUAGAAAAAGAAAACAGGACCAGAGCCAGCAAGUGAGUUGUCUACCUGUGCCUUUUUCCUACACCAAGUCCUGGUGUUUCGCUUCUUCCCUGGCCACCUCCAUCCCAUUGACUAGUUUCUGGUCCCCAGAUUCAUCUCUGGUUUCCAGAAUUCUGGCUCACCAUCAGCUCAGAGUGUGGUUCUGGUGAGGAGAGGUGCCCAGGAAAGACUUCUGUUAUCACCUCACCAGACUCAGGCAUAGGCCCCAAAGCAAAUCCCAAGGUAACCUGACCACUAUCUUGGAGAGACUGACCCCAGAUCCCCACUAGAAGGUAGCACUCGAAUGCUUCACUCCCCUGAGAGUGCCCCAUCUAUCAUGUCCCUCAGCUGAGCCUUGCUAUGCCACAGUGGCCUCAGUCUCCACCUGCAGGUCACAUGGUGCUCCAGAUCUAGGCUGCAGCUGGCCUCGGGGAAUUAGUUCUGAGGGCUAGAACUAUCCUCCAUAUUUAACUGUCACUCUGAAGGGGACAAAUAGACAGGAGACUGAGAAGAGCAGGCAGGAGAUGCCCAGGAGAUGAGGAGGGAGCGCUUGUGUAGGAUGCUGACUCCAGGGUUUGCCCCUACAUUUGUGCUGUUGGUUCCUCAGUCUCACUGCAGGGGAUCAUUCUGGCCCUCUGUCCACACUCUUCUUCUGUCCUGUCCACCCAUCUUCAGCUGUUUUGAUGGUGUUGGUGAGGUGCCACUGCUCUACCUAGGCAAAUGUUCUAAACGGAGCGCAGUGGGAUCAAAUCCAUGAAGAUUUAUGGUCAAACGAACCUUUCUGUGCUCUCAUCUUGAGACCAGUCUUGCCUGAUUACCAUCCACCAGCUCCUGGCUUUUCUCAUCUAACCCCCUGGCUCAAGGUCAUUGCCAGUGACUGUGGGCUGCUCUAUCCUGGUCCUAUCACUGCCUGUCUUCCUACAGCAGAUUCCCAGGGAGUGGGACCAUAAUAACUGUGGGGAGGAGAGACACAGGGCUAAGCUGGGAGCGUGAAUUGGUUUGAAAGGGAAUCUCAGCAAACGGAGGCCCGGCCAGUCUGGUGUGAAGAAGCCAGCCUGAGAGCACAAACGCCUUCUAAGAAUGGCUGUGGAGGAGAGCUUUGACGGUCCUCUGCACAUCCAAAGAACCUCCUCACCCUCUCCACGACCCUGCCCCUUGAGAAGCAAGCUAUGAGAAUGUUAAGGCUGGUGCUGGACAUCUUCAUAUUCUCUCCCAAACUGGCUGGGAUGUCAGCCUGACCCGCGAGGGGCAGGGGACAGGGAUGGACUACACUGCCACCUGACUUAUGGCUGAGCCUAGCCUUCCCAACCACCAUGAAGAUGGUACGUGCACCAGGAGAAAUAAGGAAGAUGGAAGUUGUUGAAAGGACACAUUGGCUCUUCCGUAAAGCUGCCUGGCAUCUCUCCAGAGCCCAGCCUUCUCACUCCAAAGAAAUCUGCCUUCUGUAUUUAUUAUUUUCUAUAGCUGUCCAGUGGCUCCAGUGAUGUGUGUCUUUGUAACCAGAUUCCAACAGUGCCUUGGACCAUGGACCAUUGUGAGUGACUCAGCAGGGUGACUGGUGCCCAGUGGAGGUGGAUAGGCUGGUCCUCAAUGUUAAAUGAUGAAGUCUACUCCCCAGUACCCACCCAACCCUCCUGCCACCUGUGGGCCAACUGUUCCCGUUAGUUUUGUGCACAAUGUAAAAUUCAUAGUCCAGCCAACACAUCCUGUCUCUGCAGUGGCAAUUCCCCUCCCAAGACGGAAGUUUGUUCAGGGGUUGGAAGGAAAACUCUCCAGGUGGGUGAAAACAGGCAUGGGCUCUUCCCAUCCCCUCCUGUUGCCACCAGCUGGGGAACUGCGACCACCUCCCCAGGACACCUGCCAACCUUCAUGCCAAGGCUGCUCUUACCUACUGCUGCAGAAGACAGACAAGGUUUAUAUGUACAAACCUCUACAGUGUCCUUUCUACCUGCACCCUUUUAUAAGAAUAUAUUGUAAUACUAAAAAAAUAUAUUAAAUUUGUCCCCACCCCUAA